UCCGACGAAUAAGGACGUCCACACGCAAAAUGUGGAGAAUAUUUGGAUGCGGGUAAAAAGAAAAUUACGACGUCAGACAAUAUUGUUUCAUAUUGACACAAACUUAUAUGGAGGAAUUCCGGACCAAAGAGAAUGCACUAUACUAGGCCUGUGGGUUCACUUUAAUGGACAUAUUUCCAUUUGAAAGAAGAUUUUCUGCAGAGGAUACUGCAAGUCUGCCGUGUUAGGUUAGAGAUUUAUCAACCAAUUAAUGUCUUCAGAAUUAAAGAAUAAAACUGUAAAAUUUAAUGGAGAGAAUGUUUCAGAAAGUGAGCAAACGUUACAAGUGUGAUAUUUGUGGUAAAGUACUUACUACAAAAUCUAAUUUAGCUAUUCAUCGGUGCACUCAUACUGGGGAAAAGCCAUACAACUGUGAAGUAUGUGAGAAAGCAUUCUCUGUAAAAGCUUAUUUAACAGAACACAAGCGUACACACACCGGAGAGAAGCCAUUUCACUGUGAAAUAUGUGGAAAAUCAUUUUCUAGUAAAGGUUAUAUAAAGACACACAAACGUGUCCACACUGGAGAGAAACCAUACCAUUGUGAAAUCUGUGGCAAAGCAUUUUCAGAGUUCAGUAGUGCAAGAAGUCAUCAACUUAUUCACACUGGAGAAAAACGAUACCGUUGUGAAAUUUGUGGCAAAUCCUUUUAUCAAGUUAAUAAUUUAACAAGACAUAAACGUAUUCACACUGGGGAGGAACCAUUCAAGUGUGAUUAUUGUGGGAAAGCGUUUUCUAAUGUCAGUAACUUUGAAACACACAGAGGUGUGCAUUCGAAGCCUUUCCACUGUGAAAUCUGUGAUAAAGUAUUUUCUGUAAAGGAGUCUUUGACAGUCCACAAACGUGUUCAUACUGGAGAGAAGCCAUAUCAUUGUGAAGUAUGUGGGGAAGGAUUUAGAACUAGUGGUACCUUAAUAAGGCAUAAACGUACUCACACAGGGGAAAAGCGACACCGCUGUGAAAUCUGUGGAAAAGCAUUUCCUGAAAAAUAUGUUUUAACAUUACACAAACGUAUUCACACAGGAGAGAAACCAUAUCACUGUGAAGUUUGUGGAAGAGACUUUUCUGGCAGGUGCAACUUAGUACAUCACAAACGUAUUCAUACUGGAGAAAAACCAUAUCACUGUGAAGUGUGUAGCAAAGCAUUUUCUCAAAAUGGUAGUUUAGUAAGACACAGACGUAUUCACACAGGAGAGAAACCAUAUCGCUGCUUAAUAUGUGGAAAAGAAUUUUCACUUAAGACCAGCUUAACAACACAUAACCGUAUUCAUAGAGGAGAAAAGCCAUAACUAAUAGAGGAGAAAAGCUAUAACUAAUGUGAAAUAUGCGGGAAAGCAUUUCUGAAAAAUCUGUCCUGUUAGUUUGUAAUAAUUCGACCGUGCGAACCAAAGGAGAUGGUGACGUUGACGGAAAAGGCUCCUUUUUACCAUGUCGCACGGUCGAACACAAAACAAGAUAUAUAAGAUAGAAGGCUCGUUGUGAGAGAUAUACGAGCCAUAGUGCCAGUAAAAGAACUUAGGACAGACAACUGAUAUAUAUAUAUUGAGAGUAAGUUUAUUAACAUAGUGAAACUGUUUGUGUCUGUGUGCAUGCAUGUGACAUAUAUAAAUAACACAGUAGAUAAGUCAGGCCUUCGUGUACAAGAGAAUGUAUACAACAAUGUGAAGUAACGGACAGUCGUAUAAGCAAUAUUGUGUGUACAAUAUGUGAGAGUACAAUAUGUGUGAGAGUGAGAGGAACACAGAUCAUAGAAAGAGUGUCUGUAACAUAGACUGUAAAAAGUCUUUAAACACUGAGAUAGAGUAAACCAGUUCGUAUUAGAGUUACACAAGAUUUGGAAUGUUCAUACGCAGGAAGUUGUGGCCAAGUAGCAGAGCUGUGGUAUCACAAUAUGUGUUGAGCGUCGAAUGCUGUGACCGUUUACCUGAUACGGAAUAUUCUUGCUGGUUAGUUCUGACUGUUGCUUGUGGUGGAAACAAUCCACUCAAACAGUGUUGAUAUAAAACCGAGUGUGUUGAUAUUGGUGUGUACCUGGUGGUGGGGUUGCUAGCACACGACAUUGUGGUAGACAGUACAUAGGUGGUGAAGACGUCUGCGCUGGAACUGGCUGUAGCUGUGUUCUGUAUGUGUGUGUGUGGUCAGCGACCAGACCAGUGAGAGAUCUGAAAUUGAAGACGACUACCGUCGUUGGAUCGGGCUUAUUUAUAGCUGAAAUAGGGCUCACCGGAAACCCAGAAAAACUCUCUCUCACGUGACUUUAUCUGAAAACCAUGAUUGGACGUAAUCCACCCUUAGCAAGCAGAACAUGGGGACAAUUGCCGCGCAAAUAAGAACCAAUCAGAGUGGUGGACAGAAGGGUCCAAGGCAGCCUAAGGCUAGAUGUUAGCAGCUUUGUUAUCAUUUAUGAUUGAAUGCCCGAGAGAGAGGUUUCACUACAAGUUCAUAAACUUACUCAUAGUGGAGAAAAACCACACCACUGGAGUUAGUGGGAAGGAAUUUUCCAAUAGUGGCAGCUUAAAAGGGCAUAUAUGUACACACACUGGAGAGAAAGCACACCACUGUGGAAUCUGGCAAAACAUUUUCUAAUUUGAGGUGUUUAAUAAGACACAAUCGUGCUCAUACUGGGGAAAAACCAUACAGCUGUAUUAUUUGUGGUAAAUCAUUUACUCGUAGUGAUUAUAUAUCUACUCAUAAAUGUACUUUUAAUGAUGGCGAUAAACCUUACCACUGACUUUUGUAGGAAAGUAUAUUAUAAAAACCAUAUUGUUGUGAUAUUUGUAUUAAGGAAUUUAUGUAUAUGAAUGUUAUUAAAUUACUAUAAAUGUUUAUAACAUGUUCAGUGUAUUCUUUGGAAAUUGUAGUGAA